GUGUCUGCGCACUUGAAGCUGCAGGAGAAAGACGAAGGCAGGAGGGAGAUGGUCAAGGAGAUCCUGACGGCACUGGGCUUGCUGACCUGUGCCCACACCCGCACAGGGAGCCUGUCGGGCGGGCAGCGGAAGCGUCUGGCCAUUGCGUUGGAGCUGGUCAACAACCCGCCCGUCAUGUUCUUUGACGAACCCACCAGCGGCCUGGACAGCGCCUCCUGCUUCCAGGUGCUCUCGCUCAUGAAGGGCCUGGCUCAGGGCGGCCGGUCCAUCAUCUGCACCAUCCACCAGCCCAGUGCCAAGCUCUUCGAGCUCUUCGACCAGCUUUACGUGCUGAGCCAGGGCCAGUGUGUGUACCGGGGCAAGGUCUCCAACCUCGUGCCGUACUUAAGGGACCUGGGGCUGAGCUGCCCCACCUACCACAACCCGGCCGACUUCGUCAUGGAGGUCGCGUCCGGCGAGUACGGCGAUCAGAACGGCCGCCUGGUUCGCGCGGUGCGGGAGGGCAUGUGUGACUCGGACUACAAGCGGGACCUCGGGGGCGAAGCCGAGGUGAACACCUUCCUCUGGCACCGGCCCUCUGAAGAGGACUCGGCCUCCGCGGAGGGCUGCCACAGCUUCUCGGCCAGCUGCCUCACGCAGUUCUGCAUCUUGUUCCGGAGGACACUCCUCAGCAUCAUGAGAGACUCCGUCCUGACGCACCUGCGCGUCACCUCCCACAUCGGGAUCGGCCUCCUCAUCGGCCUGCUCUACCUGGGGAUCGGGAACGAGGCCAAGAAGGUGUUGAGCAACUCCGGCUUCCUCUUCUUCUCCAUGCUCUUCCUCAUGUUCGCUGCGCUCAUGCCCACGGUCCUGACGUUUCCACUGGAGAUGGGGGUCUUCCUCCGGGAACACCUGAACUACUGGUACAGCCUGAAGGCCUACUACCUCGCCAAGACCAUGGCCGACGUCCCCUUCCAGGUCCUGUUCCCGGUGGCCUACUGCAGCAUCGUGUACUGGAUGACCUCUCAGCCGUCCGACGCCGUGCGGUUCAUCCUGUUCGCUGCGCUGGGCACCAUGACGUCGCUCGUGGCCCAGUCCCUGGGGCUGCUGAUCGGAGCAGCCUCCACUUCCCUGCAGGUGGCGACGUUCGUGGGCCCCGUGACGGCCAUCCCGGUCCUGCUGUUCUCAGGGUUCUUCGUCAGCUUCGACACCAUCCCCACGUACCUGCAGUGGAUGUCCUACAUCUCCUACGUCAGGUAUGGGUUCGAGGGGGUCAUCCUGUCCAUCUACGGCCUGGACCGGGAAGACCUGCACUGCGACACGGACGAGACGUGCCACUUCCAGAAGUCGGAAGCCAUCUUGCGGGAGCUGGACGUGGAGAACGCCAAGCUGCACCUGGACUUCCUGGUGCUGGGCGUCUUCUUCGUCUCCCUGCGCCUCAUUGCCUACCUCGUCCUGAGGUACAAGAUCCGGGCCGAGAGGUAGAAGCCCGCGGGCCAGCAGACGCGAUGAGUAGCUGCUGCUAGGCCAAGGGCGCUCCUGGAACGGCGGCGGCCAGCCACGCCCCCGCUGACACGGAGACCCUCCCGACCCACCCUGGACUCCGCGUGCGGUCUGUGGGGCCCUGGCGCCCGGCUUCUGUGCCCAGCGAGGUCAGAUACCCUCUCCGGUUCCCUCUCUAGCUUUAACUAGGAAGCUGCAGGCAGGGUUUUCUAGGCGCACCACACCCGGGGACCGCCGUGCAACCUGGCUGGUGACAGACAGGAGGCUUCGAGAUUCUUCCCAGGACCAGGGGGCGCCUGUCCUGGCCCGGGCGUUCCGUGCCAUCUCUCAGUGGCCACUGUGUGGGUAGGGGUCUGGGGCAGAAGGCCCCGGUGUGGAGCGAUCCCCUCUGAUGACUUUCCCUAGCUCCAUCUUUGUGAGGGUUGUCUCUCUCCCCAGAAGUCACUUUUCCAAGCCGAGAGUUGAUACAUUGUAUCUGUUUGUAACUGUUGAGUACCUGUUGGUAGCAGGCUCAGCACCGACUUUGUCCAGAGCCUGGGCGGUUGGCAGCCUGACCACUGAGCUGGCCUCACUGCCAGGCCGAGCUUGGGAGAGUCCCGUGCGGGCUGUGGCUAGAGGGGACUCAGAGUCGCACGACGGAAUCGGCCGGCGCGUCCAGCUCGUGUCCUUCUGCUGGCUUGUUGCUUUUAGUUUUAAACAAAACGUCUCUGUGUCCCCGGCUUCCUGCCCACCUCCGUUCUGCCUAAGUGUCUAGGUCAGCUCUGUUGAUUUUUUUUUUUUAAUCUUUUGUCGCAUAUCACAUCAGCUACCUCCGCUGAGCCUGGGAAGCCGAGUGCCUGUUCGGAAGCGUCAGGUGUGGCCUUGGGGGGUGGGGUCUACAGAGCAGCCGCCGAGGAGGGGGCGGGACGCCCACGAGAUGUCGGGGGAUCCGUGGCAUCUGGGAGCUUUGUCUGCAGGCAGCAGAGUAGACCGCGGCAGGCAGGGGGCGGGGCUGCCGCUUGGUCCGACAGCGCCAUUAGGAGUGAGCUACUGAGCAGCGUUAAGCAACCUCUGCCUUCCAAACCUGCCGGCUCCCAGGGGCAGCUUCCGGGCAAGGGUGGGUGGUGCUUCCAGGCCAAAGGAGCCCACCGUUAAGGAGAAUGCAACUUCUGCCUCCCCGGUGUCACUACCCAGCAGAGGGUCCCCAAUGAAAGACUGCGGUUUGGGGGCCUGCGCUUUCUCGCCUGGCAGGCAUCGCACACGGAUCAGAGCCGAGGCCGGCUGUCUAAGAUUCCUCACUCCCACGGCUGUCUCCGGGGCUGUCUCUCCCUGUUCUCGGAGAAGGAAAAGUCCCCGUUCUACAUGGAUUUUGUUUGCAAAUGCUUAGAGAUUCUUUUUGCACUUCAAGAUCGUUUUUAGGAAACACACUAGGGUUUAUUAAGAUGGAGCGUUGAGCCUGCGUCCUGCCAGGUGGGGGCGGCUGGCCUGGGUCUCACCGUGGUCUCAGGGGACGAGGCUGUCCCUGGGCCGCUGGGUGGUCUGAGCUAGCCCAGGUGCAGGGUGGCUGGCGCACGCAGCUGUGUCUUAGACACACACACACACACACACAUGCACACGUGUGCCUGUGCCUGGAUUUCCUCCCUCUCCGUAGCAGACCUCAAUCACCCUCCUCAACAAGAAGGGAGAAAAAAGCUCCCUCUGUGCCCAUGGUGCCGAGGGAAACAAACGUGGUCAAAACCCAUCGAGGCUUUAGCCAAACGCCAGCAAAAGUUGCACAGGACAGCCAGCAGCCAGCAGCCAGGGCAGAGUGUGGGAAUCUGGAGCCAGGCACUCCUCCGAAAUCAAGCCCGCUAAUAAAUAUUUCAUAUAAAAUCUC